CAAAACCCUAAUGAGGAAUUAAAAUUGUUAUAUAUUAUAAAUUACUCAAUAUCAACAUGUUGCCUUUAUUUGAGAACGUGUGUAGAGCUUGCUUGUGCAACAAUGAGUGUGAUAUGAAAACUCUCUUGGAUGACAAACUGUCUUACAUUUAUUCUCUUACUACUUCUAUUGAGCUAAACGAAAAUGAUGGAUUACCACAUAAAGUAUGUAAAAAAUGUGUUGCACAAUUAGAAUCAGUCCUAGAAUUUAGGGAGCAGUGUAUUCGAAAUGAUGUGACCUUAAGACAGCAGGUAAUCAACGUUAAGCAAGAGAUACCAGAUUAUCCAUUAGAAUUAAAGCUUGAAGAACCAGAAGCAAAUUUAGAUAGUAACAAUAUAUCUGAUGACUCUGCAGAUGAUAGGGAAGAAUAUGAUCCUAGUUAUGAAGUAAAAAAGCAACCUAAAAAAAGGUUAAGAAAGAGCGUGUGCAAAAAAACUAAUACUAGAUAUAAAGCCAGAGAAAAAUUUAAGUUGGAAUGUCAUAUUUGCAGCCGUAAAAUGAAAACAAAUUUAGGUUUAGAAGCUCACUUACGUAAACACGAGGGAAAGAAGCCUUACUACUGUGCAACAUGCAUAGAGAGUUUAAUAAGAUGUCCGGAUUGAAACACAUAUGUUAACUCAUCAAAGAAGAC